CUCUUACCCGGUGUCAUUUCUAUUCAGUUCUCCAUGUGGUCCAAACUAGCAUGUUGAUCGUCACUGCUGUCUGUGGUAUUGGGUGUAAAAAAAACUAUGGACAGAACAUUUAGUUCCCUGGUUAUGAGAAGGCGGGCUUGAACUAAACGGAAUAGCGUGCGCUGCUGUAUCAUUGGCAAUACAGGCUACCGGCUGAAACUACAGGCUGUACACAACAAAAUAUACACGGAGGGAGAGAAUAAUCAAAACAAAUAGAAUAGAAGGGCCUGCCCAGGUGCAGAGAUGACAACUGAUAAGGAUCUGUGUAUGCAUGGCCAGUCUGUUCCAGUGGUUUUUACAACAAAGGGCAUUGACAUCACUCCUAAUAAAGACCAGGGAGUUUACAAGGUGAUAAAACGGCAGGGACAGGAUGGGGACAGACCCAUGAUUGGAGACAGGGUGACUGUUCAUUACACUGGCAGACUACUCAAUGGGAAGAAGUUUGAUUCGAGUCUAGAUCGCAAAGAGCCUUUUUGCUUCAAUCUGGGAAGGGGGCAGGUAAUUAAGGCCUGGGACAUUGCCUUGGCUACCAUGCAGAGAGGAGAAGUCUGCAUGCUCCUCUGUAAACAAGAGUAUUCCUAUGGAUCUGCUGGAAGCCCACCCAAAAUACCUCCCAACUCAUCACUACUGUUUGAGGUGGAGCUACUAAACUUUGAGGGAGAGGUGCUCACUGACGAUGGUGGGAUCAUCAGGAGGAUAAAGGUCAAAGGAGAGAGCUUCAAUAAUCCCAACGAAGGGUCCACUGUUGAAGUUCACCUCGAAGGCAGCUGUGAGGGUUGUCUGUUUGACUCAAGAGAUGUACACUUUAUUGUGGGUGAGGCUGAUGACAAGAGGGUUCCUCUGGGAGUUGACCGGGCUAUGGAGAAGAUGCAGAAAGGAGAGUGCUGCUUGCUUUAUUUAAAACCCAAAUAUGCAUUUGGUAAAGAGGGUAAUCCGGAGUUCAAGAUUGGACCAAACACAGAAGUGGUAUAUGAAGUUACACUCAAAGAUUUUCAGAAGUCCAAAGAAUCCUGGGAAAUGGACUUGAGUGAAAAACUUGAUAUGGCUGUUGGAGUCAAACAUAAAGGAAACCAUUAUUACAAGGCCGGGCGGUAUUAUCAGGCAGUUAUUCAGUACCAGCGCAUCGUGUCCUGGCUGGAAAUGGAGUGUGGGACAGGGGUGGAGCAACAACAGAGGAUCCGGGACUUGCUCAUGUUGUCCCAGCUCAACCUAGCACUGUGUUUCUUGCGACUGAAGGACUUUUCACAAGCAGUAGAUAACUGCAACAAGGUCAUAGAAGUGGAUGGGAAGAAUGAGAAGGCAUUGUACCGUCGUGGGGAGGCCCGGCUCCUUCGUAAUGAGUUUGGCUUAGCCUUGACUGACUUCCGGCAAGUGCUGCAGGUCAACUCCUCAAAUCGAGCAGCCCGCGCUCAAAUUUCCAUUUGCCAGCGGAAGAUCCGGGAACACCAUGAACGGGACAAGAUAAUCUACGCCAACAUGUUCCAGAAAUUUGCUGAACAUGACGCUAAGGUGGGGAAGAUGAAGAGGAGGAGGGAUGACGGUGGGAGGACAGACGAGAACAGUCACCUGGGCGUUAGAAGACGACGCAAAAGUCAAGACUGCCCGUGAUGCUGUUGAUGUUCAGAAGAAAGGGACAAGGGGGGCAGGCCUCCCAUUGUUUACCCCACAGAGACCAGGGGUUUGAGGCAGGACUGGGGCGGGACUAGCCCCGAGACCUGUCUCAGUGCCCAUCGUGCUGUUCCUGCAUGAGAGGCUGGGUAUGAGUGAAAACAGCUGCAAACAUUCAGUCACAUGGAAUCAACAAUCUUGGGUAAUAUCUUGAACGUCAAAGUGCCGAUGACCAAUGCCCAAAGUUAAAAUAUUCCAAACAAAUACAAAGUUGCAAGUUAUUUAAAAUGAUAUCAUGACACAUCACAUGUAAUUGGUGCUUUGCAUACAAUGCACUUUUGCCCUAUUUAUAUUAAAAUGUGCUUAUAAUACGAACUCUUCUUUUCAUGAAGAUUGAAAACUGCAUGUAUAACAUGUAGCUCCACACCUCUAUAUGCACACUUAAAGUUAGCAUUCUUUUGAUAACGAAUGAAUCAGACCUAAUACAAUACAGUUAGUAUAUUGUUACAUUAUCUGUUUAGUCACAGUUGUUAUGCACAAGGUGCACAAGGUAACAAUUUUAGUGGUAUUGCCAUAGAUUUUCAUAGUCCUCAAUACACAGUUUGACCUUGUGAAACACAUAGGUGCAAUGUUGCAGACAAUCUUGAUUGACCCAGGAGCACAGAAAAUCUGUUUCCCAGUUGCCCAUAUUAUUCGUAAACAUGCGCUUUAGACAAAUGCAUAGAAACUCAAGCCUUAUACCAGGGGCAGAUACAACAGGUGAAACGUGAAGUGAGGUGUUUUUUGCAGUUUUACAAUGGUUUUUGAAUUUGAAUAUUUUGUAAUAGCCUAUUUGGAAUGUUGAAACUUAUAUUAAAAAAAUUACAUAAAUCAGCAUGUCAUAUCUUAGAAGUGCCAACUCCCACUGGGAGUCGGCACUUUGGCUGAGAUUGUAAAACCACCAAUGUUGUCUUUUCAAGGAAAUACCAUGACUUGCGCCUGGAUACAUUCUUGGCUAUAAAUUUGAGGUGUUUGUUUUACAUUGGUUUGCUAUCAGAGCCUGGGGGUGUCUUUAAUACAUUAUGAAACAAAACAUUGUCUGUAAGUGUAUGUCUUUUUAAAAUUCUAAUCAUAAUUCUUAUAUUUUGUUUCAACCAAUGUAUCCCUCAUGUUGUGCUGAUAUAUCACUCAACCACCAAAAUAUUUUUCAGAUAAUGACAAGUUUCAUACAUUUAACAUCCUCUAACAUUUGAUCACCAAAACAAAAACUUUUACGAGACACAACUUCAACCUCUGAAUCUCAAUUACACAACUGAUCUGCCAAUCACAAUGUGUCAAAACCUGAGACCACUCAAUAGAAAUUUCAGUGGUAGGUGCCAAUAUGAAAUGUAUGUUAUUCCAGGAUAGUUAACUGUGGUUGAACUCAUUGGUGGAUAUGCUGAUGUCAGUCCUCUGAAGAGCGCGGCUGUGUGGGAUAAUGUCAGGUACUGUAAACAUUUCUUGUCCAAUCGCUAGCUGUCUCAACAUUAUCUGAAACGAUAACAGAUAUGUAACAACAAGCUUGUUAACUUUAUCUUUGAGUAAGGCAGGCUUAUAAAAUAUUCUAGCACUGGGACAACUUACAACUUAACAGUACCCCUAGCAACAUCCUUACUGAUGCCUACACAACUCAGAAAAUAUUGUAAAAAGGAAUAAAUAGUUUCCGACACACAGGACACAGUUUAGGUGGUACAGAAAACGAAAAUAGGGAUCACUAUAAAGAAGUAUGACUGUGUACCAUUAUGAAUUUGUGACUAUACAUUAAGAUAUGAAGACAAGAGAUACAUAUGCAAUACUAACAAUUGUUGUAUACUGUAUAUAUGCUAUGCAUCGUCACUGUCAAUAAAGUGUAUCUUAAGACA